AUUUACUAAUGCCAAAGAUUUGUGGUGUUUUUUUUGUUUGUAGUUCAUGGUAUUUAAUGGUUGGUUGGCAGAUGUUCUGCAUAUCUUUCAGUGAUGUAAAUGGAGACUAUUUUGUUGAUUGUGUUAGUGGAAAAUAUAGUUUCAGAUUUGAUUUGUUGAGCAUUAUAUAUUUGAAGGAGUUUUACUCUCUUUGAUGGUAAUUUUCGUAUGCCUUUUUGCAUCUGUGUACAGGGUUAUUGUGGUGCUGAACAUGGAGACAAUAGUACCACAUUCUGAGACAGUCGGGAACCCCACAAUAUUUGGAGAAACAGAUACAGAAACCCAAAAGACGCUUUCAGCUGCAGGCAAUAUACAACCUCCGAAUAGGGUUGGUUUUAAUGAACCAACGGUUCAGCAUUCAGUUAAUAAAGCACCUCCCAGAGGCAUAAACUUUCAUAAUCCAGCCAACAGUACUUCAAGUUUCAGGCCAUCUGUUCAACCUUCAUAUCAACCGCCUGCAAGCUACAGAAAUCAUGGGCCCAUAAUGAAGAACGAGGCUCCAGCUCGAGUCAUCCCUAUUGCUGCUCUCAAUCCAUACCAAGGUCGGUGGGCUAUAAAGGCUAGAGUAACUGCGAAAGGAGAUAUCCGACGAUAUAACAAUGCAAAAGGAGAUGGAAAAGUUUUCUCAUUUGAUCUGCUUGACUCUGAUGGAGGGGAGAUUCGGGUUACCUGCUUUAAUGCUGUUGUUGACCGAUUCUAUGAUGUCACUGAGGUUGGGAAGGUAUAUUUGAUUUCAAAGGGAAGUUUGAAGCCUGCACAGAAAAAUUUCAACCACUUAAAGAAUGAAUGGGAAAUUUUCUUGGAGUCAACAUCGACUGUGGAGCUUUGCCCUGAUGAAGAUGGCUCCAUACCAAGGCAACAGUUCUCCUUCCGUCCUAUAGGUGACAUUGAGGACGCUGAGAACAAUACCAUACUCGAUGUGAUUGGGGUUGUGACUUCUGUGAACCCCUCAGUGCCAAUCUUGAGAAAGAAUGGGAUGGAAACCCAUAGGAGAAUCCUGAAUCUGAAGGAUGAAUCGGGAAAAGCUGUAGAGGUA